AUGUCAUCUUCCUUCUUCCUCCUCUCAGCAGACAAGCGAGAUCGCAUCCAGUUCUUUCUCGACUCACUUGAGCCCACUCCACCGAACAUGAGCGACAUGUCGCAGGACAGCCUGCGGUCAUCCAGCCUCUCCGAGUCGCUGCUCUCCGAUCCCAUUGACCCCCCCUUGAGCGAGACCGGUACCACCCUGCCCUCCGAGCCUUCACAACGUCCUCAAACGUGGGACGAUGUCCCUCAAACCUACAAAGUCGGUGAUGGUGGCGUGCAUCUCAUGCCAAGGAUGGGCAUCACAAGGGGUUGGUUCUGGGAAUACGGAUUCAGAGUUCGCAGGAAAGAAGACAACCCCAAGGUCAUCCGUUGGCUCUGCAAGGCCUGUUCCUGCGCGAAGAGACCACCGAGAAACCCGUAUACCCUCCUUGCGUCGAACUCCGAGAACAUCUACAGGCACCUUGCAGUUCAACACAAGAUCUUCUCAGAAGACCCUAGCCAAGCCGACAAGUACAGAAAGAGGCCGGCCCUCCACCACCAGUCCUCGAUCGAUCCAUUCACAAAGAAACGGAAAGUCGACGCAGCCUUUGAGCAAGAUCAGAUUGCUCGGUUUGACAAGAUGAAGUUCCGACGGCUCAUUGUCAACUGGCUUGUUGAAACGAACUUGCCCUUCACCGCAGCCACCAGCCCAGCCCUUCAAGCUGCCUUCCACUACGCUAAUCCUCAAGUGGCGGCCCAACAAGCGAUGCCGGACCCUCGGGCUGUCAGGAAGCAGAUCUUGAGCGACUUUUACAAGUACAAGAGUCGUGUGACGGAGGCAUUGGCACGGAGUCCUGGGCAGGUACACAUUGCAUUUGAUGGAUGGACCUCUCUUAACCGUCACGGCUUUUUGGCCAUCAACGCUCAGUUUCUUGAUGAGAACUUUGAGCCGAGGAAGGUCCUUCUCGAUCUACCUCAUGUGGAAGGGAAUCACACCGGUGUCAAUAUGGCUGCGCACGUCGAAGAGGUCCUCCAGCAGUUUGGUAUCACAACUACGUCGACUCAACUCGGCUACUUCACAGUUGACAACGCUUCCAACAACGAUACGGCACUGGCAGAACUCGUGGCCCUUAAAGGACUUGAAGCUCGUGACGCCCCGAAGAUCCGAAUUCGUUGCUUCGGCCACAUUCUCAAUCUGGUCGCUCGUGCCCUGUUGUACCCCAAAGAAGCACAACUCCCAGAGGAUAUCGACGAAGACGACUUUGAUAGCUGGAGGAGAUCUGGGCCAAUUGGCCGCCUGCAUAACCUCGUAUUCUGGAUACACCGGUCCCAGUUGGCAACCGACUUCCUACGCAACCUCCAGAAAGAGGCCGGCCGUACGAAGACUCUUGACGUGGUGGUUGACAACGCGACACGGUGGCUUUCACAAUUCGACAUGAUGAAGCGGGCACUCGAGCUGCAGCCGUUUAUUGAGGAGCUUGUUGGUGAGGCCAGCUCACAGUUUGCAACCGGGCGAUCUCAAUCACAGCGGCAGAGACGCCCGCUCGCGGGGCUCCAUGUGUUUGGCAAGAAACCUGCUUGUCUUGUGGGCGAUAACAUCCUGACCAAGGAUGACUGGAGCGCGAUUCAAUGGUUCUGCGCGAUCCUGGAACAUUUUGAGAAACGUCUCAAGAUGUUGGAACGGGAUAACCAGCUCCGAGUUCGCCGGGGGGGCAGGACGACCCGACUCAGUGGCAUUUGGGAGGUCUUCUCAGCGUUUGAUCAGCUGCUUCACAAGCUUGAGGAUGCUAAGGUUGAGGCAAAGUGUCGCCCAGCGCCGAGCUAUUAUCAAGGAUGUGUCCACGCUGCUUGGGACAAACUUGAUCAAUACUGGUCCAAGAUCGCCGAAUCGCCUAUCUACUACGCCGCCACCGUCCUCCACCCCGGAUUUGGUCUGCAGUAUCUCACCGGCGCCCUUCAGGAUCAGCCAGAAAAAGGCCUUUCACGCAUCGAGGCCAUGGCCGCCAAGAAGAGAGGGCGUGAGUGGGCAGCUGAGGCCGAGAAGAUGGUACGUGGUCUCUGGGAACAACAAUAUCGAGAUCUUGACCCUGAUCCUCGAUGGGGUGUGUUAUCUCCAGCCUCUCCAGAUAUGGACCACUCGGAUCUCGACGAGGAAGAGCGAGCCAUACACCGCAAACGCAACCUCAGCACAAUCAGAAGCGGGCCAUCAACUACACAAGCGGUCGAUGAACUGGAUCGUUGGCUUCUCUCAGUCGAGGGGAGAUACCUUUCUCCCAAGGCCGACCCGAUUAAGUACUGGGUGGACCGCCGCUUCGAAUAUCCCCGACUGGCAAAGAUGGCCUUUGACGUGCUCAACGUCCCUCCUAUGGCAGCUGAGUAUCGUGGGUGA